AUAAAGAAAUUCUUUCAGAUCCUACAGUAAAAAAAAGAGAUAUAAAUGUAUAAAUGAAAAAUGAUAAUUAGAGCUAAUGGCUCAUAAAGAAGCUAAAAAAAUGGAGAAACAAAUAGCAAUCAUAGGAGCAGGAAUUAGUGGGCUUGCUGCAUGCAAAUAUUCACUCUCAAAGGGAUUCAAACCCAUUGUUUUUGAAUCCAGAAGUGGAAUUGGAGGCGUUUGGGGUAAAACUAUUAAGACUUGUCGUCUUCAAACUCCUAAACAAGACUACCAAUUCUCAGAUUUUCCAUGGCCAGAUUCAGUUCAAGAGUUUCCUACCCAACAGCAAGUCAUGGAUUAUCUUCACUCUUAUGCCCGCCAUUUUGAUUUGCUUAAGCAUAUUAGGUUUAACACCAAAGUUAUCAGCGUUGACUAUGAAGGUCACUCAGAAGAAGAAAUGAAAUCUUGGAGUUUAUGGGGGGGCAAUGGGGAGGCCUUUAGCUCUAAGGGGAAAUGGAAUGUUCAAUUUCAACAUAACCAAACUCUUUUGACUCAGGUAUGCCGAGUGGAGUUUGUGAUGCUGUGCACAGGGUGUGCAAGUGAUGUUCCAAAUAUCCCGGAAUUUCCUCCCGGAAAGGGCCCGGAAGUAUUUAACGGCAAGGUGAUACACUCCAUGGAUUUCUAUGCCAUGGAUCAUCAACUUGCUUCCAACUUCGUAAAAGGGAAGCGAGUAGCUGUCGUCGGCUUCCAGAAAUCUGCAUUAGACAUUGCGAUGGAGUGCGCCACACAAAAUGGAAUUAAAAAUCCAUGUAAACUUCUGUAUAAGAAAGCACAUUGGCACAUUUCUGAUGAAUUUCCAUGGGGAGUACCUAUAACAUUUCUUUACCUUAAUCGUUUCUCGGAGCUUCUCGUUCAUAAGCCUGGUGAAAGUUUUCUUCUCAGUCUCCUCGCAACAAUUCUUUCUCCUUUGAGAUGGGCAACUGCUAAAUUUGUUGAAAGCCACAUCAAGCACAAGCAUGGUUUGGCAAAAUACGGAAUGGUACCCAAACAUGGUUUUUAUGAACAAAUCAGUUCUUGUUUACUCACAACAUUACCUGAUAAUUUUUAUGAUAAAGUUGAAGAAGGAAGCAUCAUUCUCACAAAAGCUCCCAAAUUUAGCUUUUACAAAAACGGUAUUAUGAUAGAUGGUCAGGACCAACCUCUAGAAACUGACAUAGUCAUAUUAGCUACAGGAUUUAAUGGUCACCAAAAGCUCAGAAACAUUUUUAAGUCCAAAUUCUUUCAAGAAUGCAUAAUUGGAUCCCCUGAUACAACACUUCCCCUUUACAGGGAAUGUAUUAAUCCGCGGAUUCCGCAACUAGCGGUAAUUGGAUAUUCAGAAAGUCUGUCAAACAUGUUUACUUCGGACAUAAAAUGCAGAUGGCUAUCAGAGCUUCUUGAUCGGAGAUUCAAGAUUCCGAGCAUAGACGAAAUGGAAAAAAAUGUGGAAAAUUGGAAUAAAUUCAAAAAGAGAUAUGCAGGAUCAUACUAUAAGAAAUCGUGUAUCGGAAGCAUUCAUAUCUGGUACAAUGAUCAACUUUGCAAAGAUAUGGGAUGGAACCCAAAGAGAAAAAAAGGAAUCUUUGCUGAACUAUUUGAACCUUAUGGACCUCAAGAUUACGUUUCACCUUUAAAUUAAUUAGUUUUCAUGAACUUUAAUUCUUGUAUAUGUUAUUUGUUUUUUGUGGUGUUGCAGAUUCCAGGUUUGUGGAAUAUGUUUUCAUUGCCUGCAUUUAGUCCAUCAAUACAUUUUGUAUUAA